AUGAACGGACCAGAUUAUCUCGGUCUCCCCAGCCAGGAGCAACGCGUAUUCUCCUUCCCGGCGUCACAGUCUCUGCACGCGUCGGGCGCGUCUGCCACUGCUAAAAUCUCCACCGGUCUUGCUCAACUGGACAAGGCUUUGACUCCGCCGGGCCCGGAGCCUAUGCCGGAAUCUACGGCGUCUAAGGGACUUCCCAGUGGACAUGUUGCGGAAAUCUUUGGGCCUCCGGGUGCUGGGAAGACGUCACUGGCACUGAAUAUCGCAGCGAAUGUACUCCGUGAUGAAGAAAGGGUAGUCUGGAUAGAUGCUGGCUCCCCGCUCCCCCGAAAACGGCUCCGCGAGAUGCUCUCCGGGGCCAAAGAAGGGCCUCCAUCCAAGAGCCCAGAAGAACUCAUGCACAAUCUAACCUACUUUCGCGCUCGCUCCCUUCCCCAUCUCCUGGCACUUCUAACUCACCCGCCGCAUGGAUUUCCACCAAAGGAUACCAAGCUCUUAGUCAUCGACUCGGUGUCGGAGCCAUUCCCAGCCUACUUCCCGAACCCAACUGAGCUGAGGACCCGCCUCGCGGAGGCCAAAGUUACAGACAAUGCACAGAUCCAGUGGCUCAUGAACCGCAAGUGGAAUGUCACGAGCGAGCUAGCCAAUUACCUUGUCAAGCUGGCCACCACGCACCGUCUUGUCGCGCUCGUAGUCGAUCAGACCCACACAAGGAUCAAAGGCCAACCGCGCCCGAUGCUGUGUCCUGUUCUUGCUGGUGGGACUUGGGAGAACGGCGUGUAUACUCGGAUUGUGGUGUACCGUGAUUUUCCUGCGGGCGACAGCGAGGAAGUGGCUGGGAGGAUCCGGUUUGCGGAGGUGAUGAAGAGAGGUGGGAAGGCUUUGUCGGUGAGGGUGGAGGAGAAUAUUGUCCCGUUUGUGGUUGAAACGGAUGGGCUGCGAGGGGUCGAACAAAAUGUUCCUUCUCAUGACGCGGUGCAGGUGCAGGAAUCUGCUGGCGCGUUGUCGACUAGCCAGCGGAAACGGAAGGUUGAUGAGGUCGCGGAUAGUCAAGAUGAGGACUCCGAUGAGGAGUUUGGAUGGGUCGAAGGUGAUGAUCCCGGCUUGCUGGGGAAAGACUAA